CUAUUUUCUGGGCACACGCACAUAGUGGGUCAAAGACCUACACUAUCAAGUACGGGAACAUAACGAGCUCCUCCCAGUCUCCAAUUGGUUUAGGGAUUGCUCUAUUGCGCUCUCUCCUGCAGAGCUCAGUGUUAUCCCAUCAGCCAGCUAGGUCGCUCGUCUUACCCCUCGGCAAGUGCAGCCUCGUGGCCUCAACUCGACUAGACCAUUGUAGCUCCUGGGUGCCGUAGGUCCUCGUGACGCUCCGUGUUUCGUCUUGGCUCACAUCUCCACCUCCACCUCUGCUCCGUCUGCAUCUAAAAUCUGCGAGGCGAGGCGCAAAAACAAGAUGCCACCAAACAUGGCUCCGCCUAUGAAACUAGUGUCGCCGUCGGGCCCAGGCAAGCCGAUCGACGUGGAGGGCGAGAGCAACGAAAAGCUCAGGUCCAACUCGUUUGUGCAACGGUCAGCGCGGAGUCUAAGUGGGCCGCAACUAACGUGCCUCACUGUCUUCGUCGUCGUGACAUUCAUAGGGCUGCUGUACCGCUCCACGUCACCACUGCUAGGCCAAUCGGGCUCGGACUCAGGAGAAGCCCCGUGGGGGGACGCGGUGUGGGAACAUCAAGUACUAGCGUCGAGCCAACCCCAAGAGGCUGCGGGCCUCGUGGUUCUAGUCACUGGCGCGGCGGGCUUCGUAGGGUCGCACGUGUCGUUGGCGCUCAAGAGGCGAGGCGACGGGGUGGUGGGAAUUGACAACUUCAACAGCUACUACCCGAUCGCGCUCAAGAGGGCCAGGCAGGGCCGCCUCGCCGAGAAGGGAAUUUUCAUCGUGGACGGCGACAUCACCAACCAGGCCAUCCUCGCGCGGCUCUUCCAGCUCGUCAAGUUCACGCACGUGCUGCACCUCGCCGCGCAGGCCGGCGUGCGGUACGCCGUGCACAACCCGCUCGCAUACGUGCACUCGAACGUGCAGGGCUUCGUCACGCUGCUGGAGGAAUGCAAGGCCGCGAACCCGCAGCCUGCGGUCGUGUACGCGUCGUCGUCGAGCGUGUACGGGCUCAACAGCAAGGUUCCCUUCUCUGAAGACGAUCGCACGGACCGGCCCGCGAGCCUGUACGCCGCGACGAAGAAGGCUGACGAGGUGCUCGGGCACACGUACAACCACAUCUACGGGCUCUCGAUCACCGCGCUGCGCUUCUUCACGGUGUACGGCCCCUGGGGCCGCCCCGACAUGGCGUAUUUCUCGUUCGCGCGGAACAUCGUGAAGGGCAAGCCGAUUAAGAUUUUCCAGGGGCCCAAGAAGGAGGAGCUUGCGCGGGACUUCACGUACAUUGACGACGUGGUGCGCGGGUGCGUGGCUGCGCUGGACACGGCGGCGCCGAGCACGGGCAGUGGGGGGAAGAAGAAGCGCAAGGCGCCGAUGCGCGUGUUCAAUCUGGGGAACACGCAGCCCGUGAAGGUCGGCGAGUUCGUCGGUAUUCUCGAGAAGCACCUUCAGAGGCAGGCCAUUCGCAACUACAUCCAAAUGCCCAGCACUGGUGACGUCAUGUUCACUCACGCCAACGUCACAAGAGCCCACAACGAUCUUGGCUAUCAGCCGACCACCGAUUUAGAUGCGGGAUUGGAGAAGUUCGUGCGGUGGUUCAAGAGCUACUACAGGGACGGCAGCGAGAACGAGAAGACGCUGGACGGCUACAAGCCCUACUAAAGGAGGCGGGAGCCCUACCGACUGACGAACGAGCCAUUUAAUCCGUCAUAUCCUCACUACCAAUACGAGCCAGCGUCGACAAAGGUCCCACGUGUCUCUCCAUCGGCCCCCUGCGUGCGCUAUUUGGUAGCUGGCUCACUCACUGGCUCACUCACUGGCUCAUCCGACACUCAUAUUCUGGAAACUCGCAGCAGUCGAACCGUUCGCCCCGAUUGCAUCCAUUCGCCCAUCCAGCAUUUUCCUCUGCCCUCGUAUCUCGCAAACCCUCGCAAACCGAGACGUCCUCUUCGCUCUGCACCUGCAACAGAGAGGUCCAUCUGCUGGUUGGGCAUUUUAGUGUGCAGCAUUUUCGCCACCAACCGUAGUUUCUCCCUACAGCUGUUCCUGUUGUUCCCUCCGAUUCGCAUCGCCCUGUCUUCGCGCCUACGUUGGCCUCCAUUUCUGCUGCACCUGUUCCCCACCCUCGCCGCGCUUUCCCCCUCGGCUCAUCACAUUCUUCUCGUUCCCGCCGUCGACCUUCUAUCGAAUGUUUCAGUGCAACCAAGAUUGUUCGGGUUCAACCGAACAUGGCGACAAGGUAUGGUGCAGACCUCGCAAGUGCUGUACCCAUAGGGUUUGACUGACAUAAAAGGGGCGAUAUGCUUAUUGUUAUUCGCUAGGUCAUAAUAAAACGUCUUAGGACUCUUAGGAUGAUACUCUAGGGCUUUGAAUGCUUAUAUUUGUGUUGGUGCAGUACAUUGAUGCAGUUAGCGAAAUGUAAGGAUUUCAGAUGUGGAAAGGAAUGGU